AAAAAGGGAACGACAAAAAAGUCAAGUUAGCAAUCGUGUUUAAACCUGUCCAGCCUUGGCUCUGCUUUCACAAUAAAAUAAAAAGAAUCGCUCGAGUGUAUGACGAAGAUCACCAAAGCACCCGGGAGUCUGACUCGGAACGAGAAGCGACGCAAAACUCCCCCCGGCGGCCCCCUCCUGCUGUCAUCUUUUUUUUUUUUGCCCGAGCACAGAUUUGACAAUGGCCGGGACCUUGUUGCUCUUUUUGUUCUUUUUACACCUCACAGGCGUGCGCGGGACCACGGAGGAGGAGGAGGGCGGCGGGGACGCCGGCGGUGGCGACGGCGCCGAAGAUCCGGUGGACGCUGCCGACGCACUUCGCCUGGACUACACCGAACUUCACUGGUGUCACGCGCCGCGGCUCGUCAACGGCGAGCUGUCCUGCCACUCCCCCCGGGGCCGACCUUACCGGACCACGCGGGGCACCCGCUGCAACAUGAGCUGCGACCGAGGCUACCGGCUGGUCGGCCAGAGCUCCAUCCACUGCCUCGCCAACCGCCGGUGGUCCGGCACCGCCGUCUGCCGCAAGAUGCGAUGCAGCGUGUUGCCGCUGAUCCCGCACGGCAGGUACUCGUGCACGCAGGGCUUCGUGGUGGACUCCAGGUGCGACUUCACCUGCGCGCCCGGCCGCCGCAUCGAGGGCGAGCACAGCCGCACGUGCCGGCACGGCGGCACGUGGAGCGGCGUGCAGCCCAUUUGCUCAGAUACGGAGCCUCCCAAAAUCCGGUGCCCGCGAUCCAAAAUCAAGGUCGCGGAAGCUGGAAAACUGACGGCCAGAGUGACUUGGGACGCCCCCGUGGCCACGGACACUGCCGAUAAAACGCUGGACGUGAUCCUCGUGGGCCAGGAGCCCGGCACCGACUUCAAGGAGGGGCCCAACAUCGUCCGCUACAAAGUGUACGAUCAAGCCAGAAACCGAGCCGCCUGCAAGUUCAUCAUCCGGGUCGAAGUGAGGCGAUGCCCCGCCCUGUCCCCCCCGAUGCACGGCUCCCUCACCUGCUCCUCUUCCGACGACGCCAUCUACGGUUCCACGUGCGACUACCUCUGCGACGCCGCCUACGAGCGCAGGGGCGAGCCCACUCGGGUCUGCCAGUUUGACCGCAGCUGGAGCGCCGAGCCCGCGUUGUGCGUGCCCAUGGCGAUCGAGCCGAACGUGCAAACGGCGUCGGCUCUGCUGCGUCAGUUCUUCCAGAAGAGGCGACUCCUGAUCCUGUCGGCGCCCGACGUGACCGACCCGGAGUACCAGCUGCAGAACGUCAUGAUACAAAAAGCAGAAUGCGGAUUGGAACUGCGCCACGUGACGCUCAUCGAGCUGCUGGGCUCGCCGCCGGAUGAGACGGGACGCAUCAAGGAAAACAACCUGACCUCGGCGGUCAUCGACGAGUUGCGGAUGACAUUCCGGAUCUCCAGGCAGUAUUUCAGCAUGGUUCUGGUAGACAAGAUGGGGCUGGACCGGGAGCGCUUCAUCAACCCCUUACCGUCGGAAGAGCUCUUCUCCUACAUCGACAGUUUCGUGCUGGACGAAGACGAGCGGGAGAAGCUGGACCUCCACAGCGAGUUCUGUUCCGAUUUCUAAAAAAAUAAUAAUAAAUAAUCAAGAAAGAACGAGAGACAGAAGUGACACGCCCGGCGGGGGUCACGAAAACGAGCGGAGAGCCGAGAAAAAGGCCGGACGGACGCUGGGCAGGAGGAACGCCGCACACGGUUCUGAGCUUCCACCCUGAAGCGCUUCUUGCUAAUCAUCAGUCGGGGUCGCCUCACGAAAUGGAGCGCAACGGACAUCUUCAGUACUUACAUCUUCAAAACUCUUUGAUGCCCAAAUCAACUUCCUCCAAUUAUAUUGGAAAUGCCGUUAAUCUGUUUUAGCCGUGCACAUACACACGAGAAUUUUUUACUGUUUUUUUCAAUAACAAAAUAGCACUGCACAAUAGUGUCAUGUAUAAAAACAUAAAAUGCAAAGAAGAUGUUUAUGCUUUUUUACUCGUCAAUUUCACUUUUAUUAAAGGGGAAUUCCACUGA